AUGCUGCAAAAGUACUCCUCCAACAACCACAUCAUCAGUGCCAAAGACCACGCGUCCAUCCAGAAGAACAGGACCAAGGCUGACAAGGUGAUAGGGGGGUUCAACGGCCAGUUUAAAACCUACACUAUCUGUGGGGUCAUUCGCAGGAUGGGUGAGUCAGAUGACUUCAUCCUCUGA